AUGCCUCAACCUAGGCCCAGCACAGCCUGGGCGCUCGCCGGGAAGUCUGAUGAAGUUGCGGCGGAAUCGCAACAGGACGCACCGAAGCCGACAGUGGCGCCUCAGCGGCCGGUCCCCGCGGUCGUGACGCCUGUCGCUCGGUCAGAAAAGAUCGUUGUGUUCAGACAUCCGACAGAAAAUGUGAAUCUUGUGAAGGGGAGUUUCGUACAGCCCUGCCCGACGAGCAGCAUGGAUCUAACACCCGGCAAGCCAGUGACAGAGAGAGAGCACCACCGUAGAGCGGUGCUCAGGAGCGGCGGAUUCGGCAACGUGUAUGCCGGCACAAGGGCACGGGACGGCCUACCGGUGGCCAUCAAGCAUAUAGCGAGCAAGCCAGUGACAGAGAGAGAGUCUUUCGAGAGGGCGUACCACCGUAGAGCGAUGCUCAGGAGCAGCGGAUUCGGCAACGUGUACGCCGGUACAAGGGCACGGGACGGCCAACUGGCGGCCAUCAAGCAUAUAGCGAGCAAGCCAGUGACAGAGAGAAAGUCUUUCAAGACGGUGUACCACCGUGGAGCGGUGCUCGGGAGCGGCGGAUUCGGCACCGUGUAUGCCGGUACAAGGGCACGGGACGGCCUACCGGUGGCCAUCAAGCAUAUCGCGAAAAAGAAAGUCCCAGGAUGGGGACAGUUGAACGGAGUGCGUGUUCCCUUGGAGAUCGUCUUGUUGCGGCGAGUGAUGGGCCACGACGACAUCAUCAAGUUGUUGGCCUGGAACGAACGCCCGGAUUCCUACAUCCUCAUCCUGGAGCGUCCAGAGCCAGUCAUGGACUUGUUUCACUUUAUCAAUGAAAAGGGUGCUCUGGGCGAGUUCUUGAGCAGAGACUUUAUGCUCCAAAUCGUGAACAUGGUCAGGCAUUGCCACAACCAGGGUGUGGUACACAGAGAUAUCAAGGCCGAGAACUUACUAGUCGACUUGAGGACGGGGAGAAUUAAGCUAAUCGACUUUGGGUCUGGCGCCUCCCUGAAAGACACAGUCUACACAGAUUUCGCUGGAACGAGAAUAUACAGUCCUCCUGAGUGGAUCCGGUUCGGUCGCUACCACGGUCGCCGGGCAGCGGUCUGGUCGCUGGGCACCCUGCUGUACGUCAUGGUUUGCGGCGUCAUUCCCUUCGAGCGAGACAGCGAAAUCUGCAGAGGCGUGGUCUACUUCGAACGACGGGUAUCAAAAGAAUGCGAAGAUCUCAUCAGGUGGAUGCUGACAAUCCGUCCGUCCGGCCGCCCUUCUCUCAAGCAGAUCCUAGAACACCCGUGGAUGCUGAAAGGCAGGAGUCUGUCGAGACGUCUGUCGAGCGCCGAUUCUCAGUGGUUUGAAAGUAUCCGCAAGCUAGCCGGCGAGGCAGCAGAGAAGCGCUCUUUGCGAUUUGUACCAUCAUUGCAGUUUAUCACGUGGUUCAAAAUGGCUGCGCUCUUACGAUCGGUGAAGUUGGUGCGUUUCAUACCGACUAUAACUCGACAAAUUGGACAAAACACAACCAGAUUGUCUUCGUCGAACGCACGUCUUGCAUCAAAGUACUUGCAGGAAGCACAAUUUCCUCGCCCCAGAUACCUGAGCACCACACUACACAGACCGCAGGAUGUCCAGGAACAGCAGGGCACAGCGCCGCAGGUCUCGGCACGGGACGCAGUACGCCAGGCUGCCAUGUUUGAGCAGCUCCUACGGGAACUGGACUUCUCGGUCAGAAGAACGGGCAGAAUCGUCAAGUCCAAGUUGGAAAGAGUCUUCAACGCUGUGGUCACUUCAGGUAGGAAAUACUGUAUAGGUCACUACAAUGCCCAGCUGAAAGUCUACCUGGACAGUGAACACAAGUUUUCUGCCACAGACUUUCUGGCCAACAUGGAAGCAAAGGACAUACAGCCUAAUAGAGUGACGUACCAACACCUGGUCAUGGCGUACUGCCAGCAGGGGGACAUAGAGGGGGCCAGAAAAGUGUUGGAGUUUAUGAAGACAAAAGAUUUCCCCAUCACCGAGUCUGUUUUCAACGCACUCAUCACUGGCCAUGGUCGGGCAGGGGACAUGGAAAAUGCAAAGGGGAUCCUGGAUGUUAUGAGAAAUACUGGAGUGGAGCCCAGCCUAGACACAUACACCGCCCUUCUGUGUGCCUUUGCUGAACACGGGGACAUACAGGCCAUUGAAGAGUUUAUAUCUGAGCUUGAGAAGACAGAGGUUAGUCUGAUGGACAGUGACUACCUUCAGCUGGUGUACAGUCUGGCCACACACGGACACACACAGCACAUCCAGAAGUUUCUAGAGAAGAUCCGUCACGACCAGGGGUACGUCCAGGACGCCAUCACGACCGUGUCUCAGCUGAUCAUCGCGGAGUGUGAUGAUGCAGCGUUCUCAGUGUUCCUGACCCUACCCCCCGUGGUGACAGCUGGGGAGGAGGACAGUACAGGGGACCCCAACAAUGGCUACUUCUUCAUCAGGAACAUGGUGUAUCACCAGAGGCCGAUUGACACCCUAGUGAAGUACUGUGACCAGCUCCUGGAGCAAGGCAUUCACACUGUCCCCCUGCAGUUUGCACUGAAAUGUGCACUGGAAGAUAACAAUGCUGAAUAUGCUUACAGCAUCGUGAAAGUCCUGAAAGAGAAAAACCUGCCAGUUAGAGCCCACUUCUUCUGGCCUCUCCUGGCUUCAUGUCAUCUGGACUCAGAUAUCGAAGGAGUAACAGGGAUCCUGAGAACCAUGCAGGAACUGGAGGCUUCACCAGAUGCAGACACUUAUUCCAAAUACCUGGUCCCUCUUGUUAGUGGGUCUACAGAUAUGUUGGCCAAAUUCCAAGAACUUGGCUUGAAUCUGGGGCCGGAAGAAAUUCUGGCACUAUUGCGAUGGGAAAUACAAAACAACCGACUUGAUGUGGCAUGUACACUGUUGAAGCAGAACAGUGGAGAGAACAUCAUGUUUGAAGCCUACAAGAUGUCUCUAGUGGAUGCCUUCAUCAGCAAACAACAAGACCCUGAGGCAUUCGCAGAGCUGCUGAGCAUUGUCUACAAGUCUCAGCAAUUAGGAAGGACCGAAGAAAAUGACCCAGUUGGCUAUUUCUUGUACAACUUGCUGGAGGAGAUGCAAAUGCAAGGAGGAAUGGCCAAACGCAGGGAGGAGACCUUCCUCAAACUGUUGGACAGUCUCAAGAAUAAAGGUGUACAAAUUCCAGUCAACAUUGUGAAGGGAAUGGACAAGUUGAUCAAGAGAAUCAACUACAGCCCAAAUGUAUUUCAGGCUGCUGUAGCCUUGGCUGACGCUCCACUAAGAGACCGUUGGCAACCAGAUGAAGGCAUGUUCCAGCCGGAUGAAGAGGGCGAGGUGCAGUUAAAUAUGAUGGAGCCGGAGAGUAUUGACCACAUCGAGUCACAGCUGCGCAUGGCUCGGACCAAGGGUCUGACCCGGAGGGCCGUGCACCUCAUGCGCAUGCUGGUCAAGGCCAACUGUCUCCAGGAGAAUGUGGAGAGAGCUGUGGAGCUGAAGAAGGAGGUGGAGUCCCUGGGAGAAGUCCUGUACGCCACCAAUUAUCCCUCACUCAUAGAAGCCCUGUGUAAGGAGAGGAAAGUACAGGAGGCAUGGGAUGCAAACCAGGAACUUAACCGUAACUACCCCAGCUUUGUCAUGGAUGGGUGGAAGUACUGCUGUCUGGUCCAGUUGCUGGCUGAGGAGGGACAGCUACAGGACGCCCUGAACACCCUGGAUGAGAUGAAGUCCAAGGGCAUCAUGUCGGACUUCCGUCUCCAGAACAACUUCUUCCAGGUGCUGCACAGCCUGGCGGAGAGAGGGGACCUGGAGUCCACCAGGGCACUGUUUGAUAAGGCCAUGGAGCUGGGACUGGUCAGGCCGACCAACAACCUGGCCUCCCACCUCGUCACUCCUUAUCUGUUAAAAGAUGACUUGGAGGGUGCGUGGAAUGCGAUUAAGGACUGUGAGGAGAAGUACCGCAUCAUGCCGCGGCUCCACGACCUGCUGUGUGCCUACAUUGAGAAGGGAGACACAGACAGCCUGCAAACUGCUAUGGACUACAUCAGUAACAGUAAGGGGGAGAUGAACAUGCUCUAUGACCUGGUGUUUGCAUUCCUCUCCAAGGGCAAGUAUAAGGAGGCCAGGAAGAUCAUUGAGACUCCAGGGAUGAGAGCCUUGGACACCAGACUGAACUGGUUUGCAAACCUGUGCAUACAGAACGACAUGGGGGAAGCCCUUGAACAGUUGGUUAUUCAGACCAAGAAACUGUUUGGUUGUGAUCGGGACCUGAUGUACACAUACCUGCUACAGUACUACGACCAGCAGCAGACUGGUGAGAAGGCGGCCCAUGUGUGGACUAUGAUGCAGGAAGAGGACCUCCUGCCAGAGGACGGCACCCUACGCUACAUCGCAAGUGUCGUACAGAGGAGCGGACAGCCUCUCCCCGCAGACUUCCCUGAUUGGAUAGCUGCACAACAGGACUCCAGCACUAGCACCAGCAGUUCUGACAGUAGUUCAGAAAGUGAUGACGAUGGUGAAAAGAAGCAGGCGGUCUACUGGAAACUGAGAGUCCGAGCUAGACCACGACAAACCCCAGCUCCAGCACAGACACAACAACCAACUCCAGAGGUUCAGACGGCUACCCAGACGCCCCAGGAUCCUGCACUCAUCGCAGCUAUGAAGCAGGCUUUUCUGGACCAAGAUGCAGAUGCAGUAAAUGCCGCUCUAGCCAAGGCUGAGGCCCAGGGUGUACCUCUCAGUUUUGGUAUCAUGUCCAAGUGUAUCAUAACCAACCUAACCAAGGGAAACCUGGAGGAAGCAGAGAACAUAAAAAAGAGAAUGUUGGAGAGAGAUCCAGGGGUUACCUUCACUUCUGGCAACAUCAGAAAUAAGUUCAUCAUCACAUAUGCACUGAAUGGUAGAACACAGGAUGCCCUGAAAGUAAUGGAAGAGAUGGUUUCUGAUGGCCUUGCCCCUAACAAGAUAGCCGCCAGAACACUAAUGUACAACAUGGCCUCCAACGGAGAUGUGGAAGGGGUCAGGCAGGUGGCACAGCACCUGGAACGGCUGAACACACUGCGAGACUCUGUCCCAGAGUACCUCGUAGACAGUCAUCUUUUCAAUGCCUACUUGAAGAGUGAUCAGGUAGAGGAAGCGUGUAACCUCCUGGAAUCCCGCAUGUCAGAAUCAGAGAGCAGACUGCGGAUAGCCGUCCCUCUGAACCAGCUCAUACAGGACCAGAAGGACCAAGCUCUGGACAAAGUGAGUGCCACUGUAGAGAAGGUUGCCAGAUUCUUCAACCGGUAUGAGCCAGUCGUGGACCUGUUCCUGGCGUACGUGGACCAGAACAAAGUAGAGGAGGCCAGACACCAACUUCAGAGAUUCCCAGCUAUCGAGGAACAGUCAGACAUGAUCGUGGGCCAUGCUGUAUUUUGCAGUCAGAGAAAAGAUGCGGACGCCAUCAACAGACUGAUUGACCUUCUGCCGACCUUCAGCAACAGACAGCCCAUGUUCUUCUUCCUGCUCAGAUGCCACUAUGAAAAAGAUGACGUUGAUGCCUGUUGGGCGACCUACCAGCGAAUGCAGUCUGAGGGCAUAGAGCUGGACGAGCUCUCGCAAAAAAGACUGGCAACAAUCCUCAAGAAACACGGCAGAGACGCACCAUUUGAAGAGCCACCAGAGAGCUUCAACUUCUACAAAAAGAAGCUGGAACAGAUGAGACUCCAAGCUUCAAGCUAGUAUAUUAGAUUACAUAUAGAUAUGUAACAGUAAAUGGGUAAAAUAUGAAGUGUUACCAUUUAAAGCACUGGUUGCAUAAUGAGACCAAUGACUAACUUCAGAAUUAUUAACAUUAUAUGUGUAAUGAAAGUACAUUAAAUGUAGUAUGACAAAAAUAUAGACACAUGUACAUUGUAUCAAUUCUGUGUUGGUGUUAUAACAAGUUUCAGUAUGACAGCAUUGCCUACAUUCUGUAGUGCAUAUUAUAAAUAGCAGACUUGCUAGUGAAGGCAUUGGAUUAAUGAAUCAGACAGUGACAUACAGUGACUAGUUGCGUGAAAGUAUUUCUUUUGAGAACAUAUUUUUUCCUGCUAAGGUUAGUCUGGAAUUCUGGCAACUCCCUUGAUAAGUCCAGAAUGUUCUUGAUUGAGAAUAAACCAGGUUUCUUUUGUCAUA